GGAGCGCGCAGCGUGGCGAUCGCCAGUGUGCUGUGUCCCUUUGGACACAGCGGAUCACGGAAAGAGCCGAAGAUGUCGGCUCGGUCAUGUGAUCAGCUGUGGCCAAUCACAGUUGAUCACAUGGCACUGAUGAUCAGUGUGGCCCCAGAAGUGCCACCUGUCAGUGUCCAUCAGUACCAGCAGUCAGUGCUCAUCAGUGCCACAUCAAUGCCACAUAUCAGUGCAUACCAGUGCACAUCAAUGGCACAUAUCAGUGCCCAUCUGAGCUGCCUUUCAAUGUCACCCAUCAGUUCCAGUCAGUGCCACCUAUCAAUGCCAAUCAGUGCCACCUAUCAGUGCUGCCAAUCAGUGCCAGCCAGUGCCAGUGCCAGUGCCGCCUAUCAGUGCCACCUAUCAGUGCCAUAUAUCAGUGUCAUGUAUCAGUGCUGCCUUUCAGUGCCCAUCAGU